CUCAAGGCUCCCUCACAUCGAAAUCUUAAGAACCAAGCUAAUCAAAUCAUGAAAUGAACACAACGACGCGUCGGCCGGCAAUCCGCGUCGUGGCGAUGGCAAUGGCGGCGGCGGCGGCUGCUGCGACAACCGCGGACACGGCGACUACGACGGUGCUCGUCGGCGUGGACUACAGCGAGCACAGCUACCACGCGCUGGAGGAGGCGGCGCGCUUCGUGGCGGCGAGGCUUCCCCGCGGCGCCGCCGAGCUCGUCGCCGUCCACGCCCGCCGGCCGCUCGCCCCGGCGUUCGUCCCCAUCGGGGCGGUGGCGCCGGUGAUGAGCAUGGAGGAGGCGGAGCAGCGCGCGAUGGAGAAGCUGAUGCGGGAUAAGGCGCGCGGGCUCACGGCGCAGUACGGGGUUGAGGUGAAGCUGGAGGUGAAGGACGGCGAGGCGAGGCGCGUCCUGUGCGACGCCGUCAUCGAGCACGGCGCCGGCGUGCUGGUGGUGGGCAGCCAUGGCUACGGCCCGGUCCGGAGGGCGCUGCUGGGGAGCGUCAGCGACCACUGCUGCCGCCACGCGAGCUGCCCCGUCAUGGUUGUCAAGAUGCCCCUGGCCAAGCGUUGAGAGGGAUCGCCGGGGUGUGCGUUUUAAUGGUUUUUUUACGUGAGUCUUUUCUUUUAUAAUUUUCAAAAUGGGUAAUUUGAGAUGUCAUAUCUUCUAGUGUAAAAAAAUAGUAUCUUGAUGUAUUUGUGCCUCGAGUUUUAUCGAGAAUUGUAAAAUUUCUCUUUCUAUAUGGGCUGGUCUGCUUUAAGAUUUC